ACACACACACACACACACACACACACACACACACACACACACACACACACACACACACACACACACACACACACACACUCUUUACCCUGAAGGCCUUUUUUUUCAGGAUUCAACCAACGACACAAAAACACUCGUGUCUGUGUGAACGUGUGUUUUGAUAUGUGUAAGUGUGUGUGUAUUGUGUGUGUGUGUGUGUGUGUGUUUGUUGGGGGGGUCUAUUUUAAGGGUGAAAUGAGGUUGAGUCACUAAGCCCCGCCCCCUGGGUUAGACUUCUGCUUUGACUUGUCUGAGGUUCAGCGGUUUAACGGACAGAGAGCGAGAGACGGCGCGAACACACAGACCGUGAGUAUCUGAGCGCCUCCUGAACACACACACACACACACACACACACACACACUUUAUCAAUUAUACCUCCUUUAAUUGACAGUUUAUUGAUUGAUGCUCACAGACGUACUGUCGCUUUAAGAACUCCGGAGUUUGAAUGAUCGUUUUUUAUGACUCCAGCUGAUAUCGUCAUUGAUCAGGUCAGACACUUGAUUAGCUGCUGAUCAUUCGAUCAUUAGCUGUUUAUCAUCUUACCUCUCUUCUCUCAUCACAUGAUCUACACUCGUUUACUUCAGCCUGGACCCCUCUCUCAAACACUGAGUACUGCAGUACUGUAAAUACUCGGACCGAUCAAAGCUCGAUCCUUCCUCGCCUUCGUCAUCGUCAUCAUCACACGCUUCGAUAACCUUUCUCUGUCAGACAUGAGGAGGUCAGAUCACACCGUCAUUGGCUGGAGACCAUGUGAUUCUCCUAAACAGAGAACAUCUCAAGUUAAGGACAUCAUCACCGAAGAAGAUACCGAAGUUCAAAUCAAACAGACUCUCGAACCGUCAGAGCGUGUCAGAGCGUGUCAGAGCGUGUCAGAGCGUGUCAGAGCGUGUCAGAGCGCCGAGUCUGAGAGCGCUCUAACGUGAAGCUCCGACCUUCACCUGCGCUCUAACACACGUGUGUCUCUGUGUUUCUUCAAGGUCAUUAUCUACGUGAACAAAGACUCUGAUCACAUGACCACCAUGGAUGACAUCAUGACCACUUUCUCCUCCACGGAUGACAUCAUGACCACUUUCCCCACAGAGGUAAUAAACCCCGCCCACAAACAGAUCAACAACGUUUACAACACUAAGAGUUGUAGCCAAUCAGUAAUCAAUAAUAAGUCAAUUAUCAGAAACCAGUUAUCAAUAAUCAAUAAUCAGUUAACAAUUCAAAGUUGUCAGUGAUCAGUCAAAGGUUAUUAGUGAUCAAUUAUCAGUAACUGUCAUAGGUCAUCAGGUCAAAGGUCAGUGGUUAUCAGUUUUAAGACAAGAUUCAUUUUCUAUUUAGCUCCUUGUAAUAACUAAUCAAUGAUCAGUAAUCAAUGAUCAGCAGUCAUUUACAAGUAACCAGUAGAAAGUUACCAGUGCUAUGAUAUCAAUAAUCUGUUAUCAGUGACCAAGUAUUGAUUAUGAGUUAUGAGUAAAGAACAAUCAGUCAACUGUUCAAGUUAAAGGUAAUCAAUUAUCACAAGUCACUUAUUAGUGAUUGAUUAUCAUUAGUCAGGUAUUACUAAUCACUUAUCGGUUAUCAAUAGUCUGUUGGUAAUAAUGAUCUCUAAGGGAUCAAUCAUUCUCUUACAGCAAACAGUUCACUGUCUUAUAUAAACAUGUUUAUAUGUGUAUUUAUGUGUUUAUCUGUAUUUAUACAUAAACAUUAAAAACAUAUAAACACACAAAUAUGAAGGUAAUAAAAGGUGAUCACACUCAGGUAGAAGAAAUACAUUUUAGCAGCUAGUUAUUGAUAAGUGAUCAGUUAUAGGUAAUCAGCUACCAGAUAUUAAUACUUUUAUUACAGUAGUGGAGGUGUGUUCAGGUGUUCUCAGGUGUUCUCAGGUGUGUUCAGGUGUUCUCAGGUGUUCUCAGGUGUUCUCAGGUGUGUUCAGGUGUGUUCAGGUGUGUUCAGGUGUUCUCAGGAGUGUUCAGGUGUUCUCAGGUGUGUUCAGGUGUUCUCAGGUGUGUUCAGGUGUGUUCAGGUGUGUUCAGGUGUUCUCAGGUGUGUUCAGGUGUUCUCAGGUGUGUUCAGGUGUUCUCAGGUGUUCUCAGGUGUGUUCAGGUGUUCUCAGGUGUUCUCAGGAGUGUUCAGGUGUGUUCAGGUGUUCUCAGGUGUGUUCAGGUGUUCUCAGGUGUUCUCAGGAGUUCUCAGGUGUGUUCAGGUGUUCUCAGGUGUUCUCAGGUGUUCUCAGGUGUGUUCAGGUGUUCUCAGGUGUGUUCAGGUGUGUUCAGGUGUGUUCAGGUGUGUUCAGGUGUUCUCAGGUGUGUUCAGGUGUGUUCAGGUGUGUUCAGGUGUUCUCAGGUGUGUUCAGGUGUUCUCAGUAACUGUCAUAGGUCAUCAGGUCAAAGGUCAGUGGUUAUCAGUUUUAAGACAAGAUCCAUUUUCUAUUUAGCUCCUUGUAAUAACUAAUCAAUGAUCAGUAAUCAAUGAUCAGCAGUCAUUUACAAGUAACCAGUAGAAAGUUACCAGUGCUAUGAUAUCAAUAAUCUGUUAUCAGUGACCAAGUAUUGAUUAUGAGUUAUGAGUAAAGAACAAUCAGUCAACUGUUCAAGUUAAAGGUAAUCAGGUGUUCUCAGAUGUGUUCAGGUGUUCUCAGGUGUUCUCAGGAGUGUUCAGGUGUUCUCUGGUGUUCUCAGGUGUGUUCAGGUGUUCUCAGGUGUGUUCAGGUGUUCUCAGGUGUUCUCAGGUGUGUUCAGGUGUUCUCAGGUGUUCUCAGGUGUGUUCAGGUGUUCUCAGGUGUUCUCAGGUGUGUUCAGGUGUUCUCAGGUGUGUUCAGGUGUUCUCAGGUGUUCUCAGGUGUGUUCAGGUGUUCUCAGGUGUUCUCAGGUGUGUUCAGGUGUGUUCAGGUGUUCUCAGGUGUGUUCAGGUGUUCUCAGGUGUUCUCAGGAGUGUUCAGGUGUGUUCAGGUGUUCUCAGGUGUGUUCAGGUGUUCUCAGGUGUUCUCAGGUGUUCUCAGGUGUUCUCAGGUGUGUUCAGGUGUGUUCAGGUGUGUUCAUGUGUGUUCAGGUGUUCUCAGAUGUUCUCAGGUGUUCUCAGGUGUGUUCAGGUGUUUUCAGGUGUGUUCAUGUGUGUUCAGGUGUUCUCAGAUGUUCUCAGGUGUUCUCAGGUGUGUUCAGGUGUUUUCAGGUGUGUUCAUGUGUGUUCAGGUGUUCUCAGGUGUGUUCAUGUGUGUUCAGGUGUUCUCAGAUGUUCUCAGGUGUUCUCAGGUGUGUUCAGGUGUUCUCAGGUGUGUUCAGGUGUUCUCAGGUGUUCUCAGGUGUGUUCAGGUGUGUUCAGGUGUUCUCAGGUGUUCUCAGGUGUUCUCAGGUGUGUUCAGGUGUUUUCAGGUGUGUUCAGGUGUGUUCUCAGGUGUUCUCAGGUGUGUUCAGGUGUUCUCAGGUGUUCUCAGGUGUUCUCAGGAGUGUUCAGGUGUUCUCAGGUGUGUUCAGGUGUUCUCAGAUGUUCUCAGGUGUUCUCAGGUGUGUUCAGAUGUUCUCAGAUGUUCUCAGAUGUUCUCAGGAGUGUUCAGGUGUUCUCAGGUGUGUUCAGGUGUUCUCAGGUGUGCUCAGGUGUGUUCAGGUGUGUUCAGGUGUUCUCAGGUGUGUUCAGGUGUUCUCAGGUGUUCUCAGGUGUUCUCAGGUGUUCUCAGGUGUUCUCAGGUGUUCUCAGGUGUUCUCAGGUGUUCUCAGGUGUUCUCAGGUGUGUUCAGGUGUUCUCAGGUGUUCUCAGGUGUGUUCAGGUGUGUUCAGGUGUUCUCAGGUGUGUUCAGGUGUUCUCAGGUAAUGCUCAGGUGUGUUGUCUUGUGUUCCAGGACCCUUCCUCCGACACUGAAAACUACGACUACAUCUUCAAUCAGAUGUGUGACCGUGGGUCGGUGCGUUUGUUCAGGAGACACUUUGAGCCGCCGUUCUUCCUGAUGAUCACUCUGGUGGGCGGAGCCGGGAACCUGGCGGUGGUCUGGAUCUAUAUGUACGUCCGGGGGCGGCUGAAGACCAUGACAGAUGUGUACCUGCUGAACCUGGCGGUGGCUGACCUGCUGUUCCUGGUUUCGCUGCCUCUGUGGGCGGCUGAGGCGUUGAAUGGCUGGACCUUCAGCCUGGCGCUCUGUAAGCUAAACUCCGCCCUCUACAAGGUCAACCUGUUCAGCAGUAUGCUUCUGCUCACCUGCAUCAGCAUCGACCGCUACGUGGUCAUCGUUCAGUCAACCAAAGCGCACAAUUCGCAGGCAGAGCGCCGCCGCUGCAGCCUGCUGGUGUGUAUGGGGGUGUGGCUUUUGGCGGUCCUGCUCGCAGUACCUGACCUGGUGUACGCCCACACCACGGAGGUGGACUCGCUGCUGUACUGCAGGAACGUGUUCCCGCCUCACCUGGGCAGGAGCACCAAGAUCCUGCUGCUGUCGCUGCAGGUGAGCAUGGGCUUCUGCCUGCCCUUCAUCGUCAUGGCCUUCUGCUACAGCGUCAUCUUCAUCAAGCUGCUCAAGACCAGGAACUUCCAGAAGCACAAGGCCAUGCGCGUCAUCCUGGCGGUGGUGGUGGUGUUUGUGGUGUCACAGCUGCCCCACAACGGCGUGCUGGUGAUGGAGGCGGCGCAGGCCAACAACACCACAAUCGAAUGUGAUGAGAUGAAGCACCUGGAUAAGGUGGGACAGGUGCUCAAAUGUCUGGCCUACCUGCACGCCUGCCUCAACCCCUUCCUCUACGUCUUUGUCGGAGUGCGUUUCCGCCGCGACGUCCUGCAGCUGCUGCAGUGCUUCUGCUGCGGUCGCCGUCCGACCGCCAAGAGUCUGUCAAGUAAGAAGUGCAGGAGCCCACUGAGCUCCACCCGAGUGAGCGUCAUGUCCGACAGCGACACCUCCCAGGCGCUGUCACUGUAAAGACUGUAGUGACAACUUCCUGUUUUAGCUGCCUUACCUGUGAUGAUGUCAUCACACCUGAAACCGUUUUCAUUGGUUCAUGACGGACGCUGCAGGCUCAGGUGUUUGUCUGAGUUUUUAUUUCCAGGUGGACGAUCAAACUUCACCCACGACAACAAACCACAAACACACCACCUGGAACCGUUCAGGCCUUGAAUGUUUCAAUGAUUUCCAGGACUUUCUCAGGAUAUUUCAGGACCUGCCUGUAGAUUAAUGUGAAGCUCGUUUUAGCUGCUCUUAUUGGACACAGUCAGAUCAUGUGACCUCUCUGUUUCCUACGGUUUUCAUUUGCUGCCAAAGUUGUUGUAGUUUAUCUUCCUGUCAGCUGUGUGUUUGUGAACAUGGACAUACAGGUGUGCUGCUAACACAUGCUAACUGAUGCUAGCACAUGCUAGCUGAUGCUAACACAUGCUAGCUGAUGCUAACACAAGCUAGCAGGGUUUUCUUUGAGGACAUGUGUCUGAUGGAGCACAGAGACCUCGCUUGAAUAUAAAAAUAAGAAAUGUGUGUUUAUAGAGAGUCCUUGUUUUGAUAUCAAAAUAAGACUGAAUGUAAAUGUUUCUGCUUCAAUAAGUGUGUUUAAAUAUAUAUAUAUGUGUGUGUGUGUGUGUGUGUGUGUGUUAAUAAAGCUUAUUGAUGACAUGGACGAGUGUGAGUGUGUGUUGUUCAGAGUGUGUGUGUGUGUGUAUAAAGUUCAGAGUGUGUGUGUGUGUUCAGAGUGUGUGUGUUCAGAGUGUGUGUGUGUGUUCAGAGUGUGUGUGUGUGUGUGUUCAGAGUGUGUGUGUGUGUGUGUGUGUGUGUUAAGAGUGUGUGUGUGUGUGUGUG